UGAGCCGUCAACCGACAUGCCAGAUGGAUGAAACAGAGUGAGACAGUCCUUUCCUUUGCCAAACGCAUCAACUUCUCCAAAUAGGAAUACAAGAAGAUUAUUUUUGUGCGCUUUGUCAGACGCCGCCGCAUUAAAUGGAUAUCGGUUGCUUCACGGCGGCGCAGCGUCUCUCGUGCCACAACAUGAAUGCGGAUUUAAUGAAGAAGCCCGCCGCCGAAGGAGCCCAGCAAGCCGGGGCUCCGGUGGCCAAAGCCGGCCGCGCUAAAUCAGAGCCUGGUAAACCGGAGCUUGCGCAGGUGGUAACCGACGCCAAGACUGGUCGCUCGUACAGUAAAGGAAAGCUUUUGGGAAAGGGUGGCUUUGCCCGAUGCUACGAAAUGACAGACCUGUCGAGCAACAAAAUGUUCGCCGUCAAGGUGAUUCCACAGAGCAGGGUGUCCAAACCGCACCAGAGGGAGAAGAUCACCAAUGAGAUCGAACUGCAUAAAACACUGUCGCACAAGCACGUGGUGAAGUUCUCUCAUUAUUUCGAGGACCAGGAUAAUAUCUACAUAUUCCUCGAGCUCUGCAGUCGCAAGUCGCUGGCCCACAUUUGGAAGGCAAGACACACGCUGACAGAGCCUGAAGUGCGAUAUUACCUCAGACAGAUCAUAUCUGGUCUCAAGUAUCUACACAGUAAAGGCAUCCUGCACAGAGAUCUCAAACUAGGCAACUUCUUUGUGAAUGAAAACAUGGAGCUGCGACUGGGAGACUUUGGCCUUGCCGCCAAGCUGGAGACUGUCGAGCAGAGAAAAAAGACCAUUUGCGGAACCCCCAACUACUUGGCACCCGAGGUGCUCAACAGACAAGGUCACGGCACAGAGUCUGAUGUUUGGUCCCUUGGAUGUGUUAUGUACACGCUGAUGUGCGGCAACCCUCCUUUUGAGACACUUGACCUGAAAGAGACUUACAAAUGCAUCAAGGAAGUUCGCUACAACCUGCCUUCUGGGCUCUCGCCCGCCGCGCAGAAACUCAUUUCAAGCAUCCUACAAAAAAGCCCCAGCGACAGACUCACCCUGGAUCAAAUCCUUAACCACGAAUUUUUCACCAAAGGUUUCACACCCGACAAACUUCCCCCCAACAGCUGUGUCACUGUGCCUGAGCUCCACCCACCUAGCCCAGCCAAGAAAUUCUUCACCAAAAUGGCCAAGAGCUUCUUCAGCAAGAAGAAAGCCAAAGUGGAGAAGGCGCCUUGUGAGGAGAAAGAGGACAAAGAUAUUUCCAAGCUGGUGUCUGGAAUCGUCAAGUGCUCCAUCAACCGCCAGAUCAGCUACAAAACGGUCGGCCCUAAUGAGGUACCCUCCCCCACUGGUCAGCUAGUGAGCUCAGUUCCGCUGGAGCAGACCCCCGCUGAGGAGGAAUCCAGGAAGUCUAUCUCGCGCUCCUUCAAGGGCACUAUGGCCAGCAGCUCUGAACCAUGCGAGGAUGUCGUCACACCGUCCGCUGUGGCUGAAUCGGCCUUGAAAGUUCUCAAUGGCUGCUUGGCCAACAUGCCUGCAGCCAUUAGAAACCCACCAUGCCUGACUAGGCCCCAGUCCUUCUUGUGGGUCACCAAAUGGGUGGACUACUCCAAUAAAUACGGUUUUGGCUACCAACUGUCAGACCAAAGCAUCGGCGUGCUCUUCAACGAGGGAACGCACCUCAGCCUGUGUGAUCAACGCAAGACGGUCCACUACUGCUUGACCAACAACAAGCACUUUAGCUUCCCUGCCAGUUCUCUACCUGAGCAGCUUCGGAGCCAGAAACAAAUUGUGGAGCUCAUGGCCAACUACAUGGAACAAAAUCUCAUGGAGGGUGGUGAUAUUCACUGUCAUGAACAAGUUCCUGGGCCUCCUCCUCUCCUGCUUCAGUGGGUGAAGACCGACCACGCGCUUGUCAUGCUGUUCAACAAUGGAACCCUCCAGGUGAACUUCUACACAGACCACACGAAGAUCAUCCUAUCAAAGUCUGUCGACUCGUACCUACUGACCUACAUCAGCCGUGAGCGUGUGUCCUACACGUACCUCCUGAGCACACUGAACGAGACUGGCUGCACAGCGGAGCUGCGUCACCGCCUCAGAUACGUGCUCCACCUUCUCCAGCACCAUGCUGACGCUUGAUUACCCCACCCCUCGACCCCCAAAAUUAUAAUGGACUGGAUAACUGUGACACCUUCUGAGGCCCAAUGACUGGCUUCCGUUUGAUUGGUUGAGAGACGGGCCUCGUGACACAUGUGGACUAAUACCGAGGCAGCUGAUGAUAUUCAAAUCUGUUCAGAUGAUGCGAUGGCCUCCAGAGUUCGUGCCUGUCCAAAGUUUGGCAUUGUAUAAUGAUUGGACGCUCCAUGAAAGAUGCCUAAAAAGAAUGAAAACAACCAUUGAUUCUACUUCUUGGUUGCAUGGUGCCAAUAGAGCCUGCUGCUUUCCGCCUCUACUGAUAUUUGACGUUAUUGCCAGGUAUGGCGUCUCCGCGGUAAAUGAUACUUUAAAUAUCAACUCUUACUGGUUGAACACAAAAUGGUGGUGGACCCUCUUUAAUCCUCUUGGCUGAUACCUAACCUGUGGACACUGGUGCGCACAAUCAUUUUUUCAAUUUCCGUUUUAACAAAAAGAUGAGCCAGCAAUAGAUCACACUCUGAUCUUUGUUUACCUCACAGGCACACUUGACAUUCCUAGCCGUAUUUGGACGCUGAAAUUCGGAGAGAGCCUUAGCUUCUCCGGCCUCAUCGUCUGCCAUUUUGUUCAUAGUGUUCACUGACACGGUACACAAUUUACGGGGCUAUGGGAGCGACACGUUAAUGCACGCUUUUUGUGUAAUUCUUUUAUUUAAUUUUACUAUCACUAGUUUUAUUUGAUUUUAACUUGAUACCAAAAGGCCCAACUUUGGUCCAUCAGACUUUUUAAAAAAUUAGUUUUAAAUGGACACGUAGGUGAACGCGUGUGUGCCCACAUGUUCUGGUUAAGCAGACAGCCGAUCGGGGGAAUGAGAGGAGAUGAGGGAGGGGGUGAAAAGUGCCUUUCUGAGGGGAUGCCUGUAUAGUGCAAUAACAAGCCUCUUUAGUGAAUGUCAAGCUGACGGCUUUGUCAUAGUUCGCACGUGCUUUUGUACUCCAAAGUUCAAAAGCACGUCCGAAAGCGCUUCACUGUCACUACCUGGUAUAAGCUUUUAAAAUGAACCCUGCUCUCGUCAAUGUAUACUCCCCAGCAAGAAGAAAACGUUGCACUCGUUGUACUGUGAGCCUCAUUUCUCGAGCCAGAGUUGUACCCUCAAAGCUGUGACCUGGAAUGCAAAGUGUCUCGUACAAGUGUCGUGUCUUCAGAAACAUUGUGAAAGCAAGUCUGACCAUUCAGGAGAGUCUUUAUUUUUCUGGCACAUAAUGUCCUGUUAAUUUAUAUAUUUUUUUUAUUUAUUCGGUUUUCUUUUUAAUUUAUUGUGGAAUACGUUUGGUUUUGACACAUGGAAAUGUUCAAUUCUGCUCACUUUUUGUAUGUAUUGUACGGGGGGGGACGUGGGACGAAAAUAAAGUUUAUUGA